AUGUUUUUGGGUACCUUCAUUGCCUCUCUGGCCACCUCGCUUGGAGCGAACUCGUGGAUCUCCGAAGAACUGGGGCGGCACGAAGAUGUCAGUGGUUUGGAGCGAUUCUUGCAGCAGCACAGCCAGGCAUCCGAUGACUUGGUGCAGUUUGCGACGGGACAUGAGACUUUUUGUCAGGAGCAGGUCCCAGGUGUUGGGACAGCCACGGGAAUGUUGUGGCGCUUAGCUGAGACGUUGCAAAGAUGUGGUGUGAGGACACUUCCAAACGAGUGGCCUUCGGACGAUCUUCAAUGGCAAGCGCUGCAGCAAGAGGUUUCGGAAUCUUUCGGUGCCCUAGCAGAUGUACGCAGCGAUGAUGCCAGCAUUAUUUGCCGCCGCUUCCGCGCAGCCAAGAGUGCAGCUAGGGCCAAUGAGACCGAUGCGCCACGAUUGCGAUGCCCUCGAUGUGGCAAGGCCAUUGGCCAGGCCAAAGAUAUGCAGUCCAGACUUCAGGUCUUUCAUCAUGACCUGGACAGAACCAUCACCGAUGGCAUGGCAGAUGGGCGUGAAAAUUCCCUGAUUGAAAUCAGUGCAGCUUGCAGAGACGAGGUUCAUGUGCAUGCUGCACGUUUUCAGCAGGCCCAGUCCGGCGCAGCGAUGCUGGCAGAGAUAGAGAGCCUGGAGUGCAACAGCUGCGAGUUACAGGCUUUAGGUGCUGUAGACUCUGUUGAUCUCUUGUGGAGCGCCUUAGGGUUGCUGCAUUGUGCUCCACAGCUUGAUGAGGCACCAUCCUUGUUGGAGCCACGACUACACCGUGCAAUGGAAAUCUUGGAGUUUAACUUGUGGAAAGGUGUAGGCUUUCCAAGCCUUCAUGAAGCUGUUAGCAAGGAAAUCUUUCAUUUGCGCCUCAGCAAGCGCUUUCAGAAUUUCGAGUUCUCAAGGUUUUGCAUUGCUUUGAACAAAAGCAUGACAGUGGCCUCCGGGCUUGGAGCGAAAGAUUUCUGGGAAGAAGAGGAGCGCGAGAUGCUUGCAGAAAAUCACAAACCAGCAGAUGUCUCGAUCGGAUAUUUCCGCUUGGCCCAUCGCCUCAAGACAACUGCCAUGGACGCAGCACAACAAGCAGUGCCACAAUCCCUGGCCCUCGCUGGAUUCUGGCUGCGACAGGUACAAAGUAGUGCAGCCACACAAGCGGCGCAGCUCGUUGUAGAGGCUGCAUAUCGAGCCGCUAUGAGGCUCUCGCCCGGGCUUCAAAUGCUUGUGCUACAGACUUGCCUUGAAGCCUUGCGACCUUUCAACGGCCGUCCUUUGCAAAUGCAUCAUCAAGUGCUUCAGCAUCUCCAACAAAUCCAGGGGCAAAUGCCAGUGACACUGCCGUCACAUGUCAGCUUGGUGCAACUGCGGCAAAUUGCACCAUACGUGGAACGGCUUCACUCGAGUUUUGCUAGGCUACUUCAGACUUUGAGUUUGCAGGAGUUGGCUGAUGCCCGGGAUUCGCCGAUUUUCCUCUUUGCAGCAGCUGCCGCCUCUUCAAACGAUGCAACCGAUUUUUUUCCAGCGGCAGCUCAGGCGGCGAUGCAAAUCCGUGGAUUGCAACUUGGUGGCCAAGAUGGGCAGCAGCUUCAGCAGGGUCGAUCUUUCAGGAAAGACCAGUUUGCUGAAAUUUUGGGCACCCGCCAUCACCAGCGUAGUGGCUUACAUGAGGUCCUUCUGCGGCGUCUCUCACUGGAAGAAUUUGGAAACAAUUUGCCAGACACAUCUUUGCCAAACGAAGAAUUGUAUCAGUUGCUUUCUACCAUCCAGGCACCUGCAGCCAGCUUGGAAUCUCCUAGCAAUUUUCAUCCGUUGAGGCGGGUCAUGUUCACUGCUUUGCGCUCCCAAGCUUUGCGAGCACGAGUGGUUGCUGCCCUGGUGCAGCUGCAGAAACUGGCAGGAGAAGCACAACUUGAGGCUGGAAGAGUGCAAUUGUCCUGCUCCCCGGUCUCCUUUCAAAUUGCCCGAAGUCAUGGGACAACUUGGUUCCAUUUGAUGGAGCCAACUCUGGAAGUUCAAGCAUCACAGGAAAAUAUGGGUUUUGCGAAAGAACUCACGGCCAUGCUCCAAAGUGAUGCAGAACCCCCAUCCAAUAUCCCCAACAUCCAAGCCUUUCUGCCCUUGAAAGCCUUUUGUGCUGCUCGUGCUGCAGCUCGCUCGAUGGCUGGCCCGGAUGUUGAGGCUGAUCUUGCAAGUUCCACAGUGAGACCCACCAAUGGUCUGAAGCUGCAGCAGUUGACGGCUGCACAUCCAGAAGCUUGGCUGAGUCGACUGGCUGCGACGCACGAGAACUUGCUCCAUGCUCUGGGCUUUCAAAAUUUGGAUCCAGGCAGCUGUUGGGACGGAAAGAUGUUCACCUUCUCAGUUUGUUGCAGCGUGGGUGAAUAUGUUGACAAUUGCUGGCAUAGAGGCUAUUCAGACGAGCGGUGCUGCCAUCCUUUGCGGGCUCCAGAGUUGGGUAGUCAGGAAGCAUUGCAGGUAGCCUUGACUGAGCUGGCAGGUGAUUGCCAAACACCCAGCCGUGCUGCUGAUGCAGUAGCCCACUGGCUUCAACAUCCCAACGGCAAGAGUGGCAGUCGUUCUCUCAGCAGCCUGGCAGCCGAGGCCCUGGAAUUCAAGGCUGACUGUGCUACACCGGAAGAGGGUCAGGAUGUAUCGCAAGAAUUGGAAGAGCAGCUUGAAGAUCAAUGGCUGCCAGGCCCAGCCAGUGGACGUGGUCCAGCCUGCAGCAUUGUCCUUGACCCAGACCUCCAGCAGGGAAGUGUCGUGCGGGAAACCGAAUCUUUUGAGGCCUUGUCUCUCUCAGCACUGCAGCGCCGCUCUGAGCCUAGUGAAGCGACUGAGCUGACGAGUUUGGCUGAAAGGGAACCACAGGUCCAAACCCUACAGCGAUUGCAGUCCAUGCUGCGGAAAUUACAAGCGAAACAGCUGCAUCACAAACCGCAUUCCGCUGGUACAGCUGCCAAAAAGUGCUGUGGAACUUGGCAAGCCGUCACGGCCGAAAAGGUCAUGAAGGGCCAUCAGUUGAGGAUCCGUCCGGAAGCAACAGAGACAGAGCCUUGGCGGGAAGCAAAGUUGCUGGAUGUGCUGCAUGCACCGCGACCUGAAAGGCUUCAGACACUUUACCUGAUCCAGGAGAAGGAGGGUCAAAGUACCUUUCAGGUUUAUCGUGACCUUUCCACCUGGGAGAUACAGAUUCAAGUCUUGCCUGAAGGUUGCCAUGAAGAAAGUUGCUCAGAAACAGAGAAGAUGAAAUGGCCAGAAUGCAUUUCCCAUGGGCAAACCAUUCGCAGCGUGGCGAACGCUGGCGUUUUCGUGAACUUGGCAGCUUUUGGUAUUACGGAUGGGUGCUUUCGAGAGGAUUGUACUUACACUGACCAUUUUUCUUCCGGCUCGCCAGCCACUUGUGCACGCACCUGUGCUUCAAUCCGGGCAUGUCGUUGGUGGUCGUUCUGGACCUCCCACACCGGAGGCACGUGUUGGUUGAGGCGCCACGACCAACAACGUGACGCUAUGUUGGAGUCAAUGACAGCCUCCAGGGACUGUUUGCCAACUUUCGCGCCAACGGUGGCCGAAGUGGAACCAACACUUUUCCAGCUGGCCAAAGAUGCUGUGCUGGGACCGACCACCACAAGGCAGUGGGACCUGGCAAAAGUUCUGGAGAGCUUUGGCCAUUCGACACCUUCACAGAUUCAGCUUCGAGGCGACUCACCACUACGGCGCUCUGCAAUAUGUGUGGCGCAGAAGCUGACAGAGGCCACUGAUGCUGAUGAUAGUUUGGCCCCAAAAAGGAGACGGUCCGAGGAUUUCUUCCGUGGAGGAUAUGCCGCAGGAUGCUGA